GUAAGGUAUUCUGCAGGGAAGCCACUGUAAAUAUCUGGUGAGAGAGAUUGCCGUUCUUCCACCUCCAAAAAAUUCAAAGACCUCUCUAGUUCUCCGAGAAGACUAAUCUCCUAGUUGAUUUAGCGCGAUCGAAACCCUAGCUCUCCUCUGCUGUUUUUGGGGUUCAAUAAAGCAGGAGCAGAGCAAUGGGGAAGAAACAGCACAGCAAAGAUCGGAUGUUCAUAACGAAAACGGAGUGGGCGACGGAAUGGGGCGGUGCCAAAUCCAAAAAUUUGUCCACGCCAUUCAAGCGUCUUCCCUUCUACUGCUGCUCGCUCACCUUCACUCCGUUCGAGACUGCGGUUUGUACAAUUGAUGGCAGCGUUUUCGACGUUACGAAUAUAAUUCCUUACAUUAAAAAAUAUGGAAAGCAUCCGGUCACUGGAGCUCCCCUUAAAGUUGAGGAUCUCAUCCCUCUUACUUUCCACAAGAACUCUGAAGGAGAAUUUCAUUGCCCAGUUUUAAACAAAGUGUUCACAGAAUUUACACAUCUUGUUGCUGUGAAAACUACGGGAAAUGUGUUCUGUUAUGAGGCCAUUAAAGAACUCAACUUGAAAACAAAAAACUGGAAGGAGCUCCUCACUGAUGAACCGUUUACCAGGGAAGACAUUAUAACAAUUCAGAAUCCAAAUGCCCUUGACAGCAAGGCCCUGAUUGAAUUUGAUCAUGUUAAGAAUAGUCUUAAAGUUGAUGAUGAAGAAUUGAAAAGAAUGGGUACAGAUCCAGCUUAUAACAUAAACGUAACGGGAGAUAUUAAACAGAUGCUUCUGGAGCUUGGAACUGAGAAGGGGAGGCAAACUGCCUUGCAUGGCGGAGGAGGCAACAAAGCGCAGAGUGAAAGAGCUGCCGCACUUGCUGCUAUUUUAGCUUCGAGAUCCCGCAUCAAAGAGGAUUCCAAGUCCAAUACAAAUGGAGAAGUUAAACCAAGUCAGUCUUUUAGUAUUGUAGAUGCUGCAUCUGCAUCAGUACAUGGGAGAAGUGCUACAGCUGCCAAAGCUGCAUCAAGUGAUAAGACUGCUGCUCGGAUAGCAAUGCACAUGGCAGGUGAACGGGCGCCUGUCAAUGCCAAAAUGGUAAAAAGCCGUUUCACCACUGGUGCUGCCUCACGUUCCUUUACUUCUACCUCUUAUGAUCCUAUUACCAAAAAUGAAUUUGAAUACAUCAAAAUCGAGAAGAAUCCAAAAAAGAAAGGCUAUUUGCAGCUGCAUACCACACAUGGUGAUUUGAACAUAGAGCUUCAUUGUGAUAUAACUCCUAGGACUUGUGAAAACUUCAUCACAUUGUGUGAACGUGGCUACUAUAAUGGAAUAGCAUUCCAUCGAAGCAUUCGGAAUUUUAUGAUCCAGGGUGGUGAUCCCACUGGGACUGGAAAAGGAGGUGAGUCCAUUUGGGGGAAGCCUUUCAAAGAUGAGCUAAACUCAAAAUUACUUCACUCGGGAAGGGGUGUUGUCAGUAUGGCCAAUAGUGGUCCUCACACAAAUGGGUCCCAAUUCUUCAUCCUUUACAAGUCAGCUAAUCAUCUGAACUUCAAGCAUACUGUUUUUGGCAUGGUUGUUGGUGGUUUGACAGCCCUUGCUGCCAUGGAAAAGGUUCCUGUUGAUGACGAUGACCGGCCUCUUGAAGAAAUAAAGAUCACUAGUGUUACAGUGUUUGUGAAUCCUUAUACAGAACCUGAUGAAGAAGAAGAGAAGCAAGAAGAGAAAGAUGGGAAGAAUACGGAUGAUGUGGACAAUGACAAGGUAGGCUCUUGGUAUAGUAAUCCAAGUAGUGGAACUAUGGAAUCAGCAGCUGUGGGUGGCGGCGUGGGGAAGUAUUUGAAAGCAAAAACUGCCCUGGCGGAAGAUCCAACUGGGGAUGCUAAUAUGCCCAGCAUAGCCAAGAAAAGGAAAACAACUGUUUCGGAAUUCAAGGACUUCUCUUCCUGGUAAUCACUUUUAGAUUUGUACUAUAGCUGGGGAAGACUAAUACCGUGUAGAGUACCAAGCUAACUAUGCAUCUGAAGGGUGUAAAAUCUCUGGAACUGCAGUUCCUUGGGUGACAACAGCAGAAUCCUGCGUUCCCAAUAGCCAUAUCCAUUCCUGACACUUAGUUUAUUGAAAUCCCUUGCUGUCGUGGCUCCUUACCCUGCCUUAUUUUUACUCUGAUAUUUAUAUACUUGUUUGAUGUGUUCUAUGGAUCAAUUUGCGUGUUUGUAUGGUCUCCUGUCCAAAUUGCUGGUUAAAGAAAAAAAUAAAAUAAAAUGAAGAUAAGACAAGGAAGAUCAAGAGGUCGAGGGCUGAUUUAAUAAGAUCAAGAUUUCUUAUUUCCACUCUUGCAACGGCCAGCAUCUGCACCUGCAUGUGUUCCUUAAUGCAAACUUCAGAGGCCUGAUUCAAGGGGGGCUUUGUUGGAUCCAUGAUUAGUCAAUGACAUACACAAAUUUCUGGUGCUCUGUUUGGUUGGAAGGACUAAUAGGAGGUGGGAUGCAGCUUUUUUCGAUGACUGAAUAGCUUCAAUAAUCAAUGACAGGUGAGAUAACAGAUCGUUCAUUAAUCACAUGUGAGUAUUGGGUCGCUUAACUCCUAAAUUGCUGUCCUUUGUAGCUGGGUUGUAAAUUUUGUUUCAGUAAAAAUCUUGGUAGAAAUUUUUUGAUAUUCCUGUUAUUUUGUUCAGAUUUUCAGCCUACUAAUGAGAUCGUUGUGGUUUUUGUUUUUUGGGUUCA